UCCUCCCUCUGCGCGCGCUCCCUUAUUCCGUUUCUACCCUAGCCCGAUCGAUCUGUUCUUCGAACGACAAUGCGUGCAUCCGCGGCGCAUUGAUCGAUCGAUCAAUCGAGCGCACUCCGAUCGAUGCUAGCAUAGUCACGGGCCGGCCAUGUCGGUGGUGGCGACGUCUUCUCUGAGCUCGCUGGAGGCGAUGCUGCACUCGCUGAUGGGAAGGUCGGAAGGAGGAGGAGACGAAACGCAAAUAGACGACGACGACGAGAAGGAGGUGGAGAAGGAGGAGGACGCCCUCGAGUCGCCGCUGCCACCGACAUUGCCCGUGCGGCCGACCGCUCGAGGCCGGCUCCCGUCGCUGCCGAGGGUCGCCGGAGCCGCUGCAGGUUCAUGGACUCCGCCGUCGACGCCGUCACCUCGCAAGGGAGACGACGACGUGUCAACGGUGGAGGUUUCGGUCGCUGUCGCGGUGGCGGAGCUGGAGCGGAAGGCGGCGGAGGCGGAGGUGCGGCUGCGACAGAAAGAGGAGGAGAACGCGGCGCUGCGGCGGCGGAUGGAAAGCUACCACGUCCGGUGGCUGGAGUACGAGAUCAGGAUCAAGUCCCUCGAGGAGGCAUUCCACGAGCAGCUGGCGUCUCUGCAGGUGGCCCGGGACGCCGCAAGGAUAGCCCAGGACGCUGCAAGGAUGGCCCAGGAGUUGCCGUACGACGAGGACGCGCCGCCGACGAGGCUGUGGCAGACCGAUCGCCGUCGAAGUGCGGAUGGUUCCAGGCGGACCAGCGCGGUGGGCCGGCUCGGCGCGGAGUUCCGGCGGGGGAGCCAAGCGUUCGAGAAGGGCGCGGUCGCGCUGGUUGCCGAGCCGAGGCCGCAGUGGGAGCCUGGCGUGCCGAGCGCGGACUCCGUCGGGGAUCUGAAGAAGCUCAAGGCGCAGUUCCGUGCGUGGAAGAAGGAUUACGAGGCUCGGCUGCGCAGGGCCAAGGCCGAGAUCGACAGGGACAGAAGGCGUCAGAGCAGCUGCUGGAUUUAAACACGAUCGCACAAAUACUUGGGCUAUGCAUGUUUUUCUUGUACAAAUGCUAAAAAUAUUUCGGUUAAUUGGGUAUCUAAAAUUGACAUAUCCCAAAUUGUGUC